GGACGUUACAUCAGACCUUAUAGCAUCUAAUCUAAAACCAGCAACCCUGUACACUACUCCUGUUCCUCUCAGCGUUGCCAUGGAGCUGAGUCAGGCCAAUGGGGAGUUUGCGCUGGAUGUGUUCCGUGCCCUGUGCCAGGAUAGCGAGGGGCCGCUGCCCAGCAGUCUGGUCUUCAGCCCCCUCAGCAUCAGCACAGCGCUGGCCAUGGUGUACCUGGGGGCCCGCAACAAGACACAGGAGGAGAUGGAGAAGGUGUUGAGGUUUGCCCAGGUGUCUGAUGUUCACUCCCAUUUUAAUGCCCUAACGAAGAAGAUCACACCUCCAGCUUCAAGCUUGUGCACUCGCAAACUGGCCAGUAGGCUCUCAGGUCUGAGCUUCUGCACUCGCAAACAAUCCAAUAGGCCCUCAGCUCCAAGGACCUACACUCUCAACUUGGCCAAUCGGCUCUUUGGAGAACAAACCUUCAAUUUUUCCCAGGAGUUUCUGGGGGAGGUCCAGAAGAAGUACCUCGCGGAUCUGCAGGCCAUGGAUUUCGUCUCAGCAACUGAAGCAGCCAGAGGCACCAUCAACACAUGGGUGGAGAACAACACCAAUAACAAGAUUAUGGAGCCGCUGAAGGCUGGGGUGUUGACCUCGAUGACUCGCCUGGUGCUGGUGAACACUGUGUACUUUAAAGGCAACUGGAUGCAUCGCUUCAAGCCAGAGAACACCAAAGAGAAGCCCUUCAAGAUCACCAAGACGGAGUCUCGGCCGGUUCAGAUGAUGUACCGGAAGGUGCCGGUCCUGCACGACCGGGUGGAGGAGAACGACAUGGUAAUGCAGGUGGUGGAGCUGCCCUACACAGACCCCCAGCUCAGCAUGGUCAUACUCCUGCCACCAGAGGGCACCCUGGACACGGUGAUGAGUAAGCUGACCAUCUCCAAGCUGCUGGAGUGGACCGACCCGUCCAAGCUGCAACGUGAAAACGUGCACGUCUACCUGCCGCGCUUCAAGAUGGAGAGCAGUUUCUCCCUGAAGGACACGCUGACCGCUUUGGGCAUGGGCUCGCUGUUUGACUGCGACGACGCCGACCUGACGGGCAUCAGCGGCGACGGAGGGCUGUUCCUGUCAGCGGUGGAACACAACGCGUGGUGCGAGGUGAACGAGGAGGGAACGGAGGCGGCGGCGGCCACGAGUGACAGGAAUAUGGAAAGAUGUUUAAAACCCCCCGAUCCGCUCUUCAUGGCAGAACACCCCUUCCUCUUCCUCAUCAUGCACAAGCCCACGCGCAGCAUCCUCUUCCUCGGCCGCUACUGUGGGCCGCAGUGA